UGUCGCAUCACAGCUCCGGAGGCUGAGGGCAUGCAUCCCCAUCACCACCACCACCGGAACCACCGGAGCGUCCAUGCACGGACAUCCAGGAUGAUCCAGAGCUGCUAGAAGUGUGGAUACCAUGUUCGAUACCAUGUUCUUCUGGCCCCUUUUGUGACAUAUCAGUCAGACCCAAGUCCAAGUGCGCCCGGAUAAACAGACCGCUUCUCUCUCAGCCCGGAUCCAAUCAAUGAGCGCCUCUUUCUUUUUGGACGCCGAACCUUUCUUUCUUUCUUUCUUUUUAUUUUUUUUACGGCACGCGUGAUCCAAGCAGCAGCCGGUCCGAGGAGAGAGCCACCAAGUCCGCCAAUGCGCGGGCCCUGCUGCUGAAUUCGUCCGUGUGCGAGCAUCGUCGUCCGGCCGAGCCAUGGUCCACUGCGCCGGGUGCGAGAGGCCCAUCUUGGACCGCUUUCUGCUCAACGUGCUGGACCGAGCCUGGCACGUCAAGUGUGUGCAGUGCUGCGACUGCAAGUGCAAUUUGACAGAGAAGUGCUUUUCUCGGGAGGGGAGACUUUACUGCAAAAACGAUUUCUUUAGGCGGUUCGGCACCAAGUGCGGCGGGUGCUCGCAGGGCAUCUCCCCCAGCGACCUGGUCCGCAGGGCUCGGAGCAAAGUGUUCCACCUCAACUGCUUCACGUGCAUGAUGUGCAACAAGCAGCUCUCCACCGGCGAGGAGCUCUACAUCAUCGACGAGAACAAAUUCGUCUGCAAGGACGAUUACGUCAGCAGCGCCAGCGUGAAAGACGUCAACCUCCUCUCAGUCACGGCAUGCAGUGACCCGAGUUUAUCCCCGGACUCUCAAGACCCCCUCCAGGACGACGUGGUCCUAAAGGACACGGAGAUCGCUGCCCUCUCGGAUAAGGAAACUGUAAAUAACGAAAACGAUGACCAGAAUCUGGGUGGCAAGCGACGCGGCCCGCGGACAACCAUCAAGGCCAAGCAGCUGGAGACGCUGAAGGCGGCCUUUGCCGCCACCCCCAAACCCACCAGACACAUCAGGGAGCAACUGGCACAGGAGACCGGUCUCAACAUGAGGGUCAUCCAGGUCUGGUUCCAGAACCGGCGUUCCAAAGAGAGGCGCAUGAAGCAGCUGAGUGCACUCGGAGCUCGGAGGCAUGCGUUUUUCAGGAGCCCAAGGCGGAUGAGGACGCUGGUGGACCGCUUGGAACCUGGAGAGCUUAUCCCCAACGGGCCUUUCUCUUACUACGGAGAUUAUCAAAGUGAAUAUUACGGUCCAGGAGGGAACUAUGACUUCUUUCCUCAGGGGCCACCUUCAUCGCAAGCCCAGACCCCAGUUGAUCUCCCCUUUGUGCCCUCUUCAGGCCCCACGGGCACCCCCCUGGGAGGUAUGGACCACCCCCUUCCAGGCCACCAUCCAUCCAGCGACGUGCAGCGCUUUUCCGAUAUUAUGUCCCACCACCCUGGGGACUCUCCGAGCCCAGAGCCCGGCAUCCCGGGGACCCUGCACAGUAUGUCCUCCGAGGUGUUUGGCCCGAGCCCGCCCUUUACCUCGCUGUCUCUGAACGCCAACGGAUACAGCAACCAUUUGUCGCAUCCGCCCACAGAAAUGAACGAGGCCACUGUGUGGUAGCGCUCUGGCGGGACUGGACUCUUAGGACCUGGGGGUUCUGGAGUUGUGGGCUGGAUUAAGACACGGAUACCAACAGGGUUUGGUCCAUACCACAGAAACAUUUUUUCUAUCAUUUCUUAUUUAUUAUUUAUUGAUACUAACCCAAGAUUGGACAUGACGGCCUUCAUCUCCCUUUCUUUGUGCACCCGAGGCACCUUUAUUGUUGUCAUUUCCUUUUUCCACCUGCAUUUCCUGUUUUAGGCUUUGUUUCAUCCCGAAAUGAUAUCAUUGGUGGCGCUGGGUGGGACUACAGCGUUCCUUCAAUAAUUAGUGUGACUUCUUCAGCCGGGGUGUCCAAAGUGCAGCCCGGGGGGCAUUCUAAAAAACAUAACUAAUAAGAAAACAAAAAAAAACUAAACAAGAACAAAAAUGUUAAAAGUCAGCAGUAGUUUUCCAGGAAUAAAGUAAAAAUAUUAAGAGAAAAAAAUUGUUAUCUGACAAGAAAAAGUUGUCAUAAAAUUCUGAGGGGAAAAAAAAAGAAUUUUAAUAGCAUAAAAUAGAAAUAAGAAAAAAGACUUUAAAAAAAAGUCGUAAUAUUACGAGAAACACACAAAACAAUGAAUAAAGUUGUGAUUUCUGGAAAAUCAGGUUGCAGAAAGUCAAAAGAUUAUAGCAAUAAAGUCAUAACUCCGAAAAUAAAAUUUACAAGAAGAAAAUUGAAAUAUUUGGCAAACUAACAAAAACAACAGCAAAAAAAAGGCUGUCAUUUUCUCAAAAUAUUGAGAAAAAAAAGUUGUAUUCUACCGAGAAAAAAAGUAGCAAUUUAUGAGAAUAAACUCAUAAUAUUAUGAGGAAAAUUAAUAUUGUUUUUAGUAGCAUAUAGUUGAAGUAUUAAAGAAAAAUAUGUGCUUUUUUUAAAGUCUAAUGUUACGACAAACAAACAAAACAAUGAAUAAAGUUUUAAUUUGUGGAAAAUUAGGUUGCGGAAAAAGUUCUAAAGUUAUGAGAAUAAAGUCAAAAUAAAGAUGGAAAUAAAUUAAUAAAUAAUAAAUAAAUGAAUAAUUUAUUUAUAAGAGGCAAGGAGAAAUGGUUGGAAAAGGGAAAAAAACAACAGCAUAAAUGAAAAAACAGCUAUAAUUUUACAAGAAGAAAGUUAAAAUAUUAAGACAAAAAAAAGUAAUAUUCUCAUCAGAAAAAAGUAUCAAUUUUAAGAGAAUAAACUCAUAAUAUUAUGUUUUUGUAGCAUAAAGUUGAAAUACUAAAGAAAAAAUAUUAUAUAAAAAAAAACAAUGAAUAAAGUUGUAAUUUUUGGAAAAUCAUCUUGUAAGCAAUAUUAUUAUGGGAAUAAAGUCAUAAUAUUAUGGGAGUAGAGUCAUAAUAUUAUGUAUAGAAAAUGUAUGAACAUUAUAGAAGAAGAAAGUUUAAAUAUUUGGAAAAUUAAAACAAAAACGACACAAAUGGGGAAAAAGAGCAAAGAGUGAAGUUGAUAUUAAUAACAGGUUUCUUCACCUGUAAGGAUGAGAUGCAGUUUUUUUCUUGAAAUAUAUAUAACUUCUUAGCAUAUCUUGACAAAAUAGCCAUGUGGAAAAGUUGCGUCCUUUCAUUUUUCGCUAUGUGGCCCUCGCUUAAAGAAAAAGUUUGGAUACCCCGUAAACACAAGAAGACAAACGUGUUUCAUCUUUGGACCCUGGACACCCUGCCCGAGUACACGGCUCAUAAAAAGCGGUAAAGUCCAAAAAAUCAAACAGAUGCAAAAUUAAACAUAACGAUGGUGCAGGGGCGUGACAAAAGGCACCCUAAAUAAAACAACAGGGAACACCUGAACGGGGCAGCGAGGCACUUAACAGGAAGACGCAGUUUAAAAGAAAAGGACAAAAUGAUAGAAGUAAAAGAGUUAAAUUCAGAAAGUGCAGAAAGUGUGAUGAGGGAGGCGUCGUGAUGCAAACGCAUGUAAGCGCUACGAUCCGGCGUCUUCCUUUUCCAGCCGCACGCCAGAAGAACGGCUGCCGACGUGCCUCGUGGCGCCGCCCAGCGCUGGAAGUCACGUCAGCUGUGGACGAAACAAAAGCACAAAACAGGAAAAUUGCCAGACGGAAACAGGAAAUGCCGACAAUAAAAGCUAGCGACUUGGCUUAGCGACCAAACACUCAUCGUGAGAGCGUGAGAAGACAUUUCAACAUCCCUUGUACGUCCUCCUGUCAAAGACGUGAAUAGCUUUAUGCACACAUCACAACAAUCCGGCCAAAGGUUGCUUGUGCGCCAAACUGAGCAGUGUUCAGACUUUGUAUUUUAUUGUAUUUAUUCACAAGUCCCUCCCUCGGACUGCCAUAUUGACACUGUCUCUGAAGGUCAGAGAAUGACACUGUCCUUUGUCGGGGCUUUUUCUUUGUGUUCUUUUGGUGUCAGAAUGUCCACCAAAUCUGUGGAAAGCCGCCUUCAAAAGGCAAACAAUGGACUGCAAACCCUUUAUUUCACAUGGAACUGAACUUAAAUUGUUUAAAUGAAGUCUACCUUCUAAAAAAAAAUCUCCGACUGGGGUUGAAAAUGGGACUUAGAACAGUCAACUGUUUACGUGAUCUAUAUAAAAUUCAGGAGUCCAGAAGAGCGUGUUUUAGAAGCCUGUCCACAUAAAAUGUUCCAAGCAACCAACCAAACUUUUGUAUUGAUUUCAUUUCUUUUGUAUGAAGAAAAUACACUCGCUGGGGUUUUGCUUCACUGUGCUAGUUUGUACGAAAUGUUGUUUACAAAAAAAAAAAAGAAAAAAGGUUGAACAAUGACUCAAGCAGCGUAGUUGCCAAAUAAAAGAAUAGCACAAAUAUUGUUACAUCAUCAUGUGCAGAAUGUCACAAAUUGUGUUGGGAGGCAAACUUUGAUGACGCUGACAGUGCAUUCAUAAAACUCUUCAUGUGACCUCCCUAGCCGGCUUUCAUUUGUGUCUCCAAAGGAGUCAAGAUCCAAACAGUUUAAGUGCUGAUGGUGGAACAUGCUUGUGGAAGCUGCUCCUUCCCUCCCAAUGGCUGACGCACACAUGAGCAGUGAUCGAUUCACUAACUAUUGAUUAGGAAGAUACAAAUACUGGAUACUAGGGGUGUCACGAGACACAGCUCAUGAGACGAGACGACACACAAGACUGGGUCUAAGAGAACGAAGCGAGAUUUUAAAACCAAGCAUAAAAAUGUCGAAAUGAAUUAAAAUUACAGAUGUACGGUAUCAUUUUUUUCAAACCGAUAACUGUGCUUUUCAAGACCGAUAUGAUACCGAUAUAUACCCCGUCUGUCGCCCGAAGUCAGCUGGGAUUGGCUCCAGCAUGCCCCCGUGACCCUAAAGAGGAGAAGCGGUAUAGACAAUGGAUGGAUGGAUGUAGUUUGUGCUGCUACGGAGGUCAGGAGAAUCGUAGUAUAGAGUGGGAAGAGGCACCUGGCGUAGCCCAGCAAGGGGCACUGUAUUCAGGCACACGCUCCGAGCAGCCGGUGGUCUCUGACAAACCUUUUGCACUUUUCAAAUGCCGCGGCGCUGGCGUUUCAGGCGGCUUAUAAGGUUUUUCUGUGCUUGAUGGGUUUGUCCCCUCAUUGCGGAGCAUUUGGUACAACUAGCACGCAAAAUGAAUCUUUAUUUACGAGUGAGCUCAGGGGAAGUUACGACAGGCCGUCAACGUCACAGGCAGGAGGAAAGAGGCGUGCUUGAUUUGCUCACCCGCACACUACGGGUAAUUUAGCCUAAUUGGAGCGUGUUUUUAAAGUCGGCCCGAUAAUUAAUAAUUAACAUGCAUCCCUAACUAAAAUACAAACACAAGGCAGAAGAAGCAUUGGAAUGUAACAUUCUACAUUGGCCACUAGGUGUCGAUGUUCGGUGAGACAGGCACUAGACUCCUCACUAAGGUUGUUAGGGGGCACAUUUACUGUGACACUGCCUGAGCAGGAGUUUUAUUUCCAUCUUACAUGGCGUACUUACUUUCAUUCUGUCUGCUAUUUGGGUAACACAAGUAUAAAACCAAGGAAGGAAGUACACUGGAAGUACUCUGUGCAGAACAAACAAAUAUGUUAUCUAUGUUAUCUUAUUUUUGUUUAACGUCUUGUUUUCUUUGACUAUAUCUACUAUAUUGGUUAACAGGGGUGUAAAGGUGACUAUAGGGUUGUUAUUUCAUGUCUAGAGGUCUCUAAUAAUGUUAAAAAACGUUAAAAAAAAAUUCCAUUUGUUAAUAUUGAAUCCUAUUGAAUUCACUUAUCACAGUCGGGUCUGGAACCAAUUAACUGCCAUAAAUGAGGGAUUAGUUUAAGAUUUUUAACUUUAUUAGAACCCUCUUUACAUGAAAUAACACCCCUCUAGUUACCUUUACACUCCUAUUACCCAAUAUAGUAGACAUUAUAAGACAAAAUGAGAUAUAUAAGACACAAAUGAGCAACACUUCCUCAUUCUGACCACUCUAUCACAAGGUGCAUUCACAGACACUCUGGAAAUCACAAUAAUGUCCUUCUUAUGCGUAUAUGUGUGGUCUAAAUAAACAGAAAGACAAAGAAAGUGUAUCUUCUUAUCACUCACUAAGGUAACUCGUACUGCGGAAGUGCAAUCUGCUGCAUUUAAGGAUGCUCGGAAAUCCCAGAAAAUACAUCUACACUCCAAACAUGUGAAUUCAUCUACUCAAUUACAUUUCCAGACAUGUGUGCUAUCUUUUAGCUUGAGUUCAAUUUUCAGUUGAUUUGGAGCUGUUAAUAAAUACAAAUAUACACGAGGGGCGCUCCGAUCGAUCCUAUGAUUUCCAUGAAAAAUCACCAAAAUGCUAUUAAAUGCAAUUAAAUAUUGUAAUCCAUUGACAGCCCUGGAAAAGGUUAUAAAGCCACUUCUAAAGCUUUGGGACUCCAGUGAACCACCAGUGAGAGUCAUUAUCCACAAAUGGUGAAAACAUGAAACAGUGGUAAACCUUCCCAGGAGUGGCCGGCCAACCAAAAUUACCCCAAGAGCGCAGCGAUGACUCAUGCAAGAGGUCACAAAAGACUCCACAUCAACAUCCAAAGAACUGCAAGCCUCACUUGCAUCAGUUACGGUCAGUGUUCAUGACUCCACCGUAAGAAAGUCACUGGGCAAAAACGGUCUGCAUUAGUUCCAAGAUGAAAACCACUGCUGACCAAAAAGAACAUUAAGGCGCGUCUCAAUUUUGCCAGAAAACAUCUUGAUGAUCCCAAAGACCUUUGGGAAAAUACUCUGUGGUCUCACGAGACAAAAGUUGAAGUU